CGGCGGCGACGCAGGCGUCGUGAGUAACAUCCGGGCUCGGAUAGGAUGAAUCCUACAAUACAACAUGGCGACGGAGGGAGGAGGGAAGGAGAUGAACGAAAUUAAAACUCAGUUUACCACCAGGGAAGGCGUCUAUAAAGUGUUGACCCACUCCGAGUACAGUCGGCCGAACAGGGUGCCCUUCAACUCCCAAGGCUCCAACCCGGUCAAGGUGUCGUUCGUGAAUGUGAACGACCAAUCCGGCAACGGGGACCGAAUCUGUUUCAAUGUGGGCCGGGAGCUGUACUUCUACAUUUACAAAGGCGUAAGGAAGGCUGCCGAUUUAAGUAAACCAAUAGACAAGCGGAUAUACAAGGGAACACAGCCCACCUGCCAUGACUUCAAUCAUCUAACCGCAACGGCAGAAAGUGUUUCCCUUCUUGUGGGCUUCUCUGCUGGCCAGGUCCAACUUAUAGACCCAGUAAAGAAAGAAACUAGCAAGUUAUUUAAUGAGGAAAGAUUAAUAGACAAGUCACGAGUCACCUGUGUAAAAUGGGUUCCUGGCUCGGAAAGUCUUUUCUUAGUAUCCCAUUCCAGUGGCAAUAUGUACUUGUAUAAUGUGGAACACUCCUGUGGUACAACAGCACCACACUAUCAGCCACUGAAGCAAGGUGAUAAUUAUAUGGUUCACACUUGCAAGAGCAAAUCUACAAGAAACCCUUUACUCAAAUGGACUGUUGGUGAAGGGGCACUGAAUGAAUUUACAUUCUCUCCUGAUGGGAAGUACCUUGCCUGUGUAAGUCAGGAUGGAUUUCUUCGCGUGUUUAAUUUUGAUUCAGUAGAGUUGCAUGGUACAAUGAAAAGUUACUUUGGAGGACUGCUUUGUGUAUGUUGGAGUCCUGACGGAAAAUAUAUUGUAACGGGUGGAGAGGAUGAUUUGGUAACUGUCUGGUCUUUUGUAGACUGUCGUGUAAUAGCCAGGGGACAUGGACAUAAAUCCUGGGUCAGUGUUGUGGCAUUUGACCCUUAUACCACUAGUGUAGAGGAAACUGAUCCUAUGGAGUUCAGCGGAAGUGAUGAGGAUUUCCAGGACCAAAUCCACUUUGGCAGAGACCGAGCAAACAGUACACAGUCUAGGUUGUCAAAAAGGAAUUCUACCGAUAGUCGUCCUGUAAGUGUCACAUACAGGUUUGGUUCUGUUGGCCAAGACACACAGCUGUGUUUAUGGGAUCUGACUGAAGACAUCCUGUUCCCUCAUCAGCCUCUAUCACGUGCUCGAACGCACACCAACGUAAUGAAUGCCACAAGUCCUCCAGCCGGAAGUGUUGGGACCAGCACUGGGAGCAACGGCAAUAGCAGUAUCACAACUCCCAGCAACUCCUUACCUCCUCCUCUUCCUCGAUCAAACAGCCUUCCGCAUUCAGCGGUUACAAAUGUCAAUAAUAAGAGCAGCAUCAUGGAUGGUGCGAUUGCUUCUGGAGUCAGUAAAUUUGCAACAUUAUCACUACAUGACCGUAAGGAAAGACACCAUGAGAAGGACCACAAACGAAAUCACAGCAUGGGCCACAUUUCCAGCAAAAGCAGUGACAAACUAAAUCUAGUUACCAAAACUAAAAUUGAUUCAGCAAAGACUCUGGGGACUGCCCUCUGCCCUAGAAUGGAUGAUGUGCCCUUGUUAGAGCCUCUUAUCUGUAAAAAGAUAGCACAUGAAAGACUGACUGUGUUAAUAUUUCUUGAAGACUGUAUAGUCACUGCCUGUCAAGAGGGAUUUAUUUGCACAUGGGCAAGGCCUGGUAAAGUGGGCUUAUUGUCAUGCCAAAACCAAGCCAAUUCGCCGAGUGGGACUGUAGUAUAGCCAUCACACUACUGCUAGCAAACCUUCGCCACAGGAUAAGAAGUAAUGACAUUGGAGCGAGAAGCUGUUCUUCAGCCAUAGAGCAAUAGAAAUUUCAUUAUAGUGGUGUUUUGUUCAGGAUUCUGAUGCGAAUCGUAUAGAGCUAACACUGGGGAAUGAUGUUCAAGUGUAACUGUUGACCUGGGCUCAUCUGUUCCAACAAAACAGGAAAGCCGAACUCCAAGGAUCUUUCUAAUUUAUUCCCUUGGAAUUUUGCAGUAGCGAACCAAACAAAAGAUUUAUAAAACUUGGCUGUUUUUUUUUAGUUCUUUGGUCUCUUCAGAUUUAAUGUACUCUAAUCAUAUGUAUAGUAGAGAAAAAAUUAAAAAGCUAUGUGUCUCUUCCAAGUCUUUAGAUGGUCCUGCAAAUUAGUAUCUCACUGUUGUGUACUUUGCACUGAUUAUUGUUUUGCAUUUUUUUGUUUCAUUUUUAAACUGAAACCCGUUGGAAGACAGCCUAGAAUGCACUCAGAGGAAUUGAGUCAUUACUUUUCAGCUUGAAUUUGUGAUUCAGGAGGUGGAUGCUGCAAUCAUAGAUCUAUUUUUUAAAAAAUUGCACUUAAUAGUAUAAUGCUAGUAGAGAAUGACUACAAAUUGGGAUGUGCUAAAGCUCCCAGAACAGGUAUGUUGUGGACGAAAGAAAAAUGUCUUUGUAUCUAUUCAACAUUUAUUUUAAUAUUGUUUCAAAUUGAAUCCGCUGUGUACUAUAUGUAUAAAUAUUGUUAAUUCAUUCAUGGGGACAAUGAUCAAUACACUAGUUGAAUAGUUCAUUCAAGAAAUGAACUAUUUCAUUAUCGAAAGUGGUUUAUAAUUUAGAAAAAAUACAUAUUAAUAUUAAAAUCUUGAAUAUGCAGUUUUUUUCAGUUGUAAAAAAAAUAUCUACUUGGUUGUAAUUAAUUCUUGAAUUAAAUGUUUGGUACAAGAGAAAAUCUUUGUAUAAGAAAAAAAAUAAGGUUAUCUCUGCUUUAGAGCUGUCGUACAUAGUGCACAUUUACAUUUCUGAGCUUUGUAUUUCUGUGAUACAUCACCAAGGUCUAACACACCAGCACAGGAACUUAGUAUAUGCCAAUUAGGAACAACUGUAUAAACAGGAAAUUAUUUAAUACAAUUUCCUUUUGUGGAUUAGUUGCUAGGUUACAACAGACCCUCAUAUGUAAGAGGAAUUAGAAUGUGCCAAACCUUUGAUAGUUGUCAUACAAUCUACCUAGGAAUUGCUGUAGGUUGGUUUAAUGUUGCAUCAUUGUAAAUUUGCUGUACAGACUGAUGCUGAUUUGUUGAAAGAAUGUAAAAGUACAGACAAAGCUUGAAUAAAUGAUACCUUACGUA